CAACAAAUGAACAUCAGAAGGUUUUGAGUUCAUAUAGUGGUGCUAAUCCUGGCAGCUACACCUGCUCUGUUAGCAGCCAUGCUGAAAUCCGAUCCAAUCCAGUGUGUGUUUUUGAUAAGAACUGCUGGAGUGUGACCUACUCAGACAGAAGAGUCUGUGCUUUGGAGGGUUCAUCAGUGGACUUUCCCUGCACUUACUCAUAUCCCAGAGAUCAGACAGUUACUAAAACAUUCUGGCAUAACUUUGGGUUAACAGAUCUGAGUGUGGAUGAGCAGUUUGCUGGUCGAGUGGAGUUUCUUGGAGAUAAAGAGAGAAACUGUGCUCUGAGAAUGAACAAUCUGACUAAGAGUGACUCUGGAGAAUAUCACUUUAGAUUCAUCACUGAUACUGCAGGAGGGAGUUUCUCUGGUUAUCCUGGAGUCAUUCUGAGUGUUACAGAUCUUCAGGUGAAAGUGAGUCCCACCACUCCUUUAGAAGGACAGACAGUAACACUGACCUGUAUCUCCACCUGCACUCUGCCCAACAACACCACUUACAUCUGGUACAAGAAUGGACAGCCUGUAACUAACAAACCCACCAGAUACAACAAGCUCUACCUGGAGUCAGCAAGCACUGAGGAUGUUCUCCAGUACUCCUGUGCUUUAGGAGGUCCAGAGGACAGCGCAGUGUUGAUGCUCAUCACAGUGGGCGUGGCACUCUUUCUGAUUCUAUUGCUCAUCGUAGGAUGGAUGUGGAUACGGAGAAGGAACUCUAGCCCAGGUAAAGGACUUAGGAGUGCUGAAGAGAGUGGACAGUGUGAAUCUGCUGCUGUGUACAGUAACAUAUCAGACCUGGCCAUGACCUCUGACCCGACACAGAGAAAAGGAUCAGAUAAUCAGGAUGGCGUUCACUACUCCAGCAUUCAGUUCAAGCGCUCUCAGACAAAGAAAGAGGCUCCGCCCCCCGCUUCCACACUUCCUCUUUACAUCAUAGACGACCAGGAUGUUCAGUAUGCAGCUGUGAACUUCAGCAGAGACAGUGCUGCCCCCCAGCGUCUGGAUACAGAAGCAGAUGAAGAUCCAUCUCAGACCUACAGCCAGAUCCAAAAACACAAAUCUUCAUCAAAAGCAGCAUAACACACUCACUGUGGAGAGGAUCUGGAUUCUGGAUGGAGAUUUAGAUAUUUCAUCAAAAUCAGUCAGAAGAAAGACAUGGAGGACUUUAAGUACUGUCUCUGAAUUUAGGGGAGUGUUUUGCUUAUUUAUCUUUUAAAUAUAUAACUAUUAUUUAAGGUUAUUAGUGUGGUUCUGUAUUAAUUAUUUGGUAACACUUUCUAUGAAUGUCA